AUGGCGGCGGAAAUUCCCACAAUUAUCCGCGCUCCAGAAACCGUACUAUUCAAGGUGCUUAUUUCCCUAGGCGCUCAGUGCGCAUGCUCCCCAGGGCCAGACGCGAGGCAUUCUGGACGGCUCCUUUGUUUCGCGACGGACUCGGUGGAAACGGGAGAAGAAACCGGGGAGCGGCGGCGUGAGAAAAGUUGUGCCAUUUAUAGUCGGGAGAAACUGUAUGUGUUUUUGUGUGGAUUGUUCAGCCUGGAGAGACACAAGGACACAUGCACCACGGAGAAACCGUGGAAAUGUGGGGACUGUGGAAAGGGAUUCAAUUAUCCCUCCAAGCUGGAAACCCAUCGACGCAGCCACACUGGGGAGAGGCCAUUCACCUGCUCCCUGUGUGGGAAAGGAUUCACAGAGUUAUCGAAGCUCCAUGUGCAUGUGCGAGUUCACACUGGGGAGAGACCGUUCACCUGCUCCAUGUGUCAGAAAGGAUUCACUCAGUUAUCCACCCUACUGGCACACCAGCGUGUUCACACUGAUAAACGACCAUUUAAAUGUUGUGAAUGUGAGAAGAGCUUUAAAAGCACAAGUGAAGUGCUGACACACCAACGUACUCACUCUGGGGAGAGACCGUUCAUCUGCUCAGUGUGUGGGAAGGGAUUCACUCAGUCAUGCUCCCUAAUGAGACACCAGCGAGUUCACACCGGGGAGAGACCAUUCACCUGCUCUGUAUGUGGGAAGGGAUUCAGUCAUUCAUCAACUCUGCUGAAACACCAGCUAGUUCACACUGGGGAGAGGCCAUUCACCUGCUCUGCGUGUGGGAAGGGAUUCACACGUUCAUCCAACCUGCUGAUACACCAGCGAGUUCACACUGGGGAGAAGCCAUUCACCUGUUCCAUAUGUGGAAAAGGAUUUUCUCAGUCACAACAUCUGCUGCGACACCAGCGAAUUCACCUGUGAUGCAGUGUUU